UUGCAGAAAAAAACCAGAAGGAAACUUCGAAUCCAAAUGGCCAAACAAGGCAAGAAAAACCCGCAAAUAAAAUUCAAAUAAAUAGUUCACAGUAAACCAGAAUUCUUCUCCGCCACCGCGUAAUUUCACAUCGCCGAUUGGAUACUUGAAGAAGAGGGGUUUUUGUGCUGCACGAAAUGGGUGCACCUAAGCAGAAAUGGACACAGGAAGAAGAGGCAGCGCUGAAAGCAGGAGUCAUCAAGCAUGGGGCUGGAAAGUGGCGGACUAUACUCAAAGACCCUGAGUUUAGCAGUGUCUUGUACCUGCGUUCCAAUGUGGAUCUCAAGGAUAAGUGGAGAAAUAUGAGUGUGAUGGCAAAUGGAUGGGGUUCUCGGGACAAAGCGAGAUUGGCUGUUAAGAGGACCCUGACUGUGCCUAAGCAGGAGGAUACUACAAUGGGCCAAAGUUCUCGUAUACCAAGUGAUGAAGAAUUUGCAGAUGUUAAGGCUCUUGCAGCUUCUAGUAGUGCCCAACCGAUUCCAAUUGUUCCCAAGAGAUCUAUUGUGAGGUUGGAUAACCUCGUUAUCGAGGCUGUAACAAGCUUGAAAGAGCCUGGUGGUUCUAAUAAGACAACUAUUGCAGCAUACAUAGAGGAUAAAUAUUGGGCACCUACAGACUUUAAGAGAAUCUUGUCAGCCAAAUUGAAGUAUUUAACAACCUGUGGCAAAUUGAUUAAGGUUAAACGUAAGUAUCGUAUUGCACCUGUUCUCCCAUAUCCACAGAGGACAAACCCUGCCAUGUUACUUUCAGAGGAAAGACAACCUGCCUCUCCUAGAGUUGAGAUCGAUGAUAUUGUUAUCCCUACAAUGGAGGAGAUAGAGUUGGAAUUAGCCAAGAUGCGGACUAUGACUCCACAGGAGGCUGCUGCUGCCGCUGCUAAAGCUAUGGCAGAGGCUGAAGCUGCAAUAGCAGCGGCUGAGCAAGCUGCAAGGGAGGCAGAUGAGGCGGAAGCUGAAGCUGCAAGAGCACAAGCCUUAGCAGAAGAAGCAAUGAUUGAGCUGGAGGCGAGAAAAAGUGCAAAGAUGGGGCCUCAAGCUUGAUGGAAACAGACAGAACGGCAAAAACAAGGGGCAGUUAUCCCUGCCUGGAAAUUUUUUUUUUUGUGGCAUACAAAGUCAAAUAAACUCACCCGUAGAUGUGGUUGAGGCCUUGCAAACUUUUCUUUAAAAAGAACUUCUUGUGGGGUUGCUUCAGUAGACGCCAUUCUUUUAUUAUAAUUUCAAAUGUUGGACUUCAUCCCUACGGUUUUUCCUGGGCAAUUUUCUAGAUUCUGCAUUACUUUGUCAUUGAUGAAGGGGUGAACCCCCAAUAUCAGGGGUCUCACCUCUUAUCAAUGUUUAUAAGAAAUGCAGUUCACACAA